UUGUGAGCCACCAUGUGGUUGCUGGGAAUUGAACUCAGGACCUUUGGAAGAGCAGGCAAUGCUCUUAACCUCUGAGCCAUCUCUCCAGCCCCAUAAAUAAAUUCUUUACUCAUCUGCUGGUUACUUGAUCUUGAUCAAAGAUCCUUUUCCAAGCUAAGGCUCAAGUAUCCAGAGUAGCUAGACAAAACUGUUUUCAAAGAGAGGGAUAGCAGUGUGGAAGAGAGACUUUCUACCAGUGAAUUGGAUGGUUUUGUGAUGUAAUAGUUUCUGUUUUAUUGCUCUCUGGAGAGCUAAGCUCUGGAAUGGUAACUAUGUAAUGACCAAACCAGUUAUCAUCGAAGACCUUCUAGAAAUAACUGUCUUCCUAAUUUCACCACAACCACUCUGGUCUACUGGUUGUCACCAAGUCUUAGAACUAAUGCAACAUUGGCGAUGAGGAUAAGGCUGGCUGUCAUAAUCUACUGCUCAGAUCAUAGCUACUGACUAAACCUGCCCUACUUACUUAGGUCAUGGCGUCAGCUUCCAGUUUACUUUUACACUUUCCUCUGCACCUGAGCCAGGGCUAUUAAGAGUUUCUAGCUGCUCAUUUCAGUAGCUUCAUAAAAAGGAGGGGUGGAGAUCUUUGUGCAUUGGUGUAUUGUUUUCUUCCUGAAGUAUUUGCUCAAGCAAUGUGAGCCUGUUUGUCAAGCUCAUGUGCUGUGCUGUUUCUGUAUGUAGGACUGUCUGUAGGUCGACGUGUAUGCAGGGCUAGUGAGACAGAUGGAGAGGGCAUCUGCUCAGUGGGCUUGGCUCCUGGGUGGCAUGGGAGUGGGUAGGGGUGUGACCUGGUGGCAGGGCCCAUGUGCUUCUCUGGCAGGUGGCGGAGAGAAGUGCGCAUCAAGAAGGGCUGCCAUCGGUGGCAGGGGGAGACUUGGUAUUAUGGCCCCUGUGGGAAGAGAAUGAAACAGUUUCCGGAAGUUAUCAAGUACCUGAGCCGAAAUGUGGUACACAGUGUCCGCCGUGAGCACUUCAGCUUCAGUCCCCGCAUGCCUGUUGGAGAUUUCUUUGAAGAAAGAGACACACCAGAGGGCUUGCAGUGGGUCCAGUUAUCCGCAGAGGAGAUUCCUUCCAGAAUUCAAGCAAUUACUGGCAAACGAGGCCGACCUCGAAAUAAUGAGAAGGCCAAGAACAAGGAAGUUCCAAAAGUGAAGCGGGGCCGAGGUCGACCACCGAAGGUCAAAAUUCCUGAGCUAUUGAAUAAAACAGACAACCGACUUCCAAAGAAACUGGAAACCCAAGGUACAGUGUUACUUGUAGCUCAGGUAUUCUGCUCCCUCCACAAGGUAUUUAAAAUGUUGCUGAAUUGCAGUUGGUACCUGGUUUUCCCAAAAGGGACAGACAACUGGAAAGAUGAAUCUAAAUUCGUUCUCCCCUUAGAAGGUAUGAUCGGAAUCCUAGCAUUUGCUACACUUUUUUUUAAAUAUUUAUUUAUUUAUUUUAUUAUGUAUACAAUAUUCUAUCUGUGUGUAUCCCUGCAGGCCAGAAGAGGGCACCAGACCUCAUUACAGAUGGUUGUGAGCCACCAUGUGGUUGCCGGGAAUUGAACUCAGGACCUUUGGAAGAGCAGGCAAUGCUCUUAACCACUGAGCCAUCUCUCCAGCCCCCCAUUUGCUACACUUUUUCCAGGCAACUUCUUCCUUUGACUACUUUUACUAGUGAAGCCUUGGGCUGUCCCCAGAUAGAGUAAUGCCAACAGAGAAGAGUUCCAUCUUUUCUUGUCCAUCUUCCAGCUCCUUGUAUAUACUAAUUGCAUUCAUGCAGUUGCCAUCGUUUUUGUUGUAGGGACCUGAAUCCAAAAGAUAAUUGACAUACUAUUUUAGUCAGAUGGGUAAAUGGGAAAGUGUCUGUGAUGUUUUCAUUUGCGGCGGAGGGGGUUGAGACAGUGUAGUCCUCACUGUCCUGGAACUUGGGCUAUGGACCAGACUGUCCUUGAACUCAGAGAAAUCCACCUGCUUCUACCUCCCCCGUGCUGGGAUUAAAGGCAUCUGCCAUCACCACCCAGUGAAAAUGUCUAAUUUUCUUUUUUUUUUUUUUUAAAGAUUUAUUUAUUUAUUAUGUGUACAACAUUCUGCCUCCAUGUAUGCCUGCAGGCCAGAGGAGGGUGCCAGAUCUCAU